UGUAGUGUUUACUACUUUGGAUUUAACAUGUGAGGGUGCAGGUCGUAUCCACGUGGAGCCUCCGCCGUUUGCUUUUUUUCGCAUCGGCAUCAAAACGUUUUGUUUUGGUUGACGGCUACGGAACGGAUAUGACGUCACGUUGACUACAGACUACAACAAUAAAAGCAGUAACUUCCUUCUACCUCUGCAUAGACUCAAAUGAAGCAAAUAUAUCGAUUCUGGCAUUAGGAAAAUCAAUUUCAAAAUCAUUCAAAAUCGCGAUACAUAGGUGAAUCGAUUUGUCUGUCAGUACAACUUCGCACUUGAGCAAAUGUAUUAGUAUGAAAUCCACUAAAGUUGUAUUAAAAUAUCUUCCUUGUUCCUCUUGCUGCUCAUUACAUUUCUCACUGUACUGCAGGCUGGAAUUCGCUGCACUACAGUAAAUCACAUGUAAGAGCUAAAUUCUUUUAAGAUGGAGCUCCUCACAGACGGUAUGUUUUCAACAUGGAGGGAACUCGGAGCUUUUGGCUGCUGCUUCUUUUUCAACCCACUGUGAGGGAAACGGCUCAAAAUUGCUGGCAGUAGCUGCGUGUCGUGUUCACACUGUCAGAUCUGAAGGGGGUGUUCCUCUUCCCUCCCUUUACUCACCCUCCCUCUCUCUCUCUCUCUCUCUCUCUCUCACACGAUGCAUGAAUCCACCGGUUCUGAGCUCCACAGAGGCACCAUCCAGUUCAUCUGAGCCACUUGUGGGAAGGAUUUGAGUCACAGCUGCUGCGAGAGCCCGCUUUAAAAAUGGCAUCCAUAAUAGAGCAGCAGUGAUCUGGACCAGAGCCACCAGCAGGGAUGAAUCUGUCUGAUGAGUCCUCCUACCAAGAGGAGAUGCUGCUGAGUAACUCCUCCUUUGGUUACACCUAUUAUCACCAGAACUACACCCUGCCCCCUUCGCUGCUACCAGACCAGACCAGCACUUCCUCGCCGCUGGCAGCAUGCGAGCAGGUCCACAUCGCUGUGGAGGUCUUUCUGAUCCUGGGUAUCAUCUCUCUGCUGGAGAACAUCCUGGUCAUCACAGCCAUAGUAAAGAACAAGAACCUCCACUCACCCAUGUACUUCUUUGUCUGCAGCCUGGCAGUAGCGGACAUGCUGGUGAGUGUGUCCAACGCCUGGGAGACCAUCAUCAUUUACCUCCUCAACAACAGACAGCUGGUGGUGGAGGAUCACUUCAUCCGGCAGAUGGACAAUGUGUUUGACUCCAUGAUCUGCAUCUCUGUCGUGGCGUCGAUGUGUAGCCUGCUGGCCAUCGCUGUGGACAGGUACGUCACUAUCUUCUAUGCACUGAGAUACCACAACAUCAUGACCGUGAGGAGAGCCGGCUGCAUCAUCGGGGGAAUCUGGACCUUCUGCACGGGCUGCGGGAUCGUCUUCAUCAUCUACUCCGACACCACCCCCGUCAUCAUCUGCCUGGUCUCCAUGUUCUUUGCCAUGCUGCUCAUCAUGGCCUCCCUCUACAGCCACAUGUUUAUGCUGGCGCGUUCGCACGUCAAGCGCAUCGCCGCCCUGCCAGGCUACAACUCCAUCCACCAGCGGGCCAGCAUGAAGGGGGCCAUCACGCUCACCAUCCUGCUGGGGAUCUUCAUCGUCUGCUGGGCUCCCUUCUUCCUCCACCUCAUCCUGAUGAUCUCGUGUCCGCGGAACCUCUACUGCGUGUGCUUCAUGUCUCACUUCAACAUGUACCUCAUCCUCAUCAUGUGCAACUCUGUGAUUGACCCGCUCAUCUAUGCCUUCAGGAGUCAGGAGAUGAGGAAGACUUUUAAGGAGAUCAUCUGCUGUUACAGCCUGAGAAACGCCUGCACCAACAUCUGCGCUCUGACGGGUCCUUUCAGACACAAUCGGACAACGGCACGACUGCGCUCUGAAACCCCAUCAUUUCCAACGGCUUGCACUGCGCCAUGACGGCUUUUCGCUGUGUUGAGCAAAGCCCGACUUUGGGUGCUACACGCUGUGAUGUGUGCUGAACCCAGCGGCGUGCUCAGCUCAAACAUGAGCUCAAACUGCGCAUAGACUGCUCUCUUCCACCGGGAAACAGCAUUGGUGUAACUCUAUUGUCGUCCGGGUGGAAACAGUAGGGAUUAUACACGCUGUACAGAGCCAGAAAAGUGUGAAAAUUUGUCAUAAAUCUGGAGAAUUUUUGACCCCGGGAGGAAACCAGGAGAGGGAGAUGAAUAACGGGAGUCUCCCGGGAAAAUCGGGAGGGUUGGCAAGUAUAACCCUCACAGUUUGUUUCGCUGCUGCUGGUUACAGCGUUCUCCUUCAAUACUGGACCAAUUAAAAAAAUUGUUCUCCCUGUUAAUCACUUUGUCAACAGGUUGAAAAAUACCGAAGUUAUCCUUUAAACCAGGCUUUUGUACAGUUAUGGUUACAGACUCUCUCCACCUCCCUACACUCAUAUUUUUUCCAAAAAAAGCACAAAACGCACAAUAAACAAAGUUAAAGAUGAAUUUUACUGAUAUCAUUAUUAUUAUUAUUAUUAUUAUUAUUAUUAUUAUUUAAUUAUCUCUAGAUAAUAUCAUUAUCGUGAACUCUUUUGGCCACGAUAAUCCUGUAGUCAAAAUCUGAUAUCGUGACAGUCUUACGUCAGAUUGAUCGUUGCCGUUUUUUAUGCUUAUAGACAAGACAAGACAAGAGAUGUUUAUGGAACAAACGUGAAAAAAACUGAAUUAAAAGGAUGCCUUUUAAUUCUGUUUUGUGUUGUAAUUGCCUUACUGUAUAGCUUCUAUUUAAUGUUUAUUGUAAGUGCUUUGCAACUGUGAGAUCAAAAAAAGAGCAUAUGAAUACGCACUCAGGCUCAUGUACACACAAGGAAAAGUGCUUUUAUUAAAACCCAAUGGUAUUAUUUUCCCAAUAGGUUUAUUUAUUGAUGGUUCCAUUUUUACUCACUCUACAUCCACCUCCAACAUGACCUGAUCUGGGGAAUUAUGCAGAAUGAUUCAUUGUUGUUGUUGACUGUAAAUACUCGGUUCUUAUUCCCACAGAAACAGCAGCAAAAAACACUGAAAGUGAUGUGAUACUGCACAGGGGUGAAGCCCUCAUGCUGAUUGCAUGCAUUUAUGUAUAGUACAGUGAGACCGUAUUUAAUAUGUCUCCACAGCUGUGGAGACAUAUUUCCUGUUAGUUAAUGGUGAAGUCAUGGCAUGCAAGAAUAUCAAUGUGAGCUUUAAUUGAAACGACCGAUAUCAGUGUUGCUUAAAAUAAUUUAUUUUAUUUAUGUGCGUCUGAAUAAAAGCAAAAGGUAAAAUGGUGA